GCUAUAUUCGCAGAUAUUCGUAUGCAUCUCCGUAAUAACAACAAUUGGUUAAAUUCGUUGACUGAAUUCCUUGAUUUUGAAAAUUGCACAUUUGGAAACGCCAUCGCAAUAGUCGGUUUCACAAUUGUUUCACAAGUAUUGGCAUAUGGUAUAUCUUGGUGA